AUGGUAAACACAGAAGCAGUAGAAACAAUUCAAGGUCAAUUGAAACACGGGAAAAAUAAAACACAUAUUAUCGCGAUAUAUAGACCACCGGCCAAUAAUAAACUGCAAUCGGUACCAGCAUCUGACAGUGUUAUAGUAAUUGGCGACACCAAUAUAAACAUAUUGAACGACACGAUUAACCCUACUGUAACAAGGUACAAAAACGCCCUGUGUGAAUGCGGCCUGCUGUGUGUAACACCGAGCGUCGAAGCAACGCGCGAGGCGAUCGCGGACGGCCGGCCUGAGGCAUCGUGUUUGGAUCAUAUCUGGAUGCGAGCGGGACGGAGCGGGCGCGUGUGCGUAUGUCCUUGA